AUGCGAACGCUUUGCGACGUGUGCGAGGGCGCUGCUGCCAUCGUUUUCUGCGCAGCUGACGAGGCCGCUCUUUGCCGUUCCUGCGACGAAAAGGUCCAUAUGUGUAAUAAACUUGCCAGUAGACAUGUACGGGUUGGGCUAGCUAGCCCCAGUGAUGUUCCUUGCUGUGAUAUUUGCGAAAAUGCUCCUGCCUUCUUUUACUGUGAAGUAGAUGGUAGUUCCCUUUGCCUGCAAUGCGAUAUGAUUGUACAUGUUGGUGGUAAAAGAACCCAUAGGAGGUAUCUCCUUUUCAGACAGAGAGUUGAGUUUCCAGGGGAUAAGCCUGGCCGUUCAGAGGAACUAGGGCUUCAACCACUUGACCAAAAGGAAGUAAGAAAAGACCAUAUUCAGCCACCUAGUUUAAGUAUAAGAGAGAAUCAACAGAAUCGCAGUGCCUCUCCAGUUGCAGUCCUAGACAACAAUAUUGUUGGUGACUACAAGAUGGACAAUAGAUUGAUUGAUCUUAACACCAGGCCCCAAAGAAUGAACGGGCAAGCUUCAACUAGCCCGGAACAGGGUUUGGAUGUUCAAAAUGGUGUGAAUGAUGAAUCUGCAAGUGUUGUUCCUGUUGGGUCCUUCAAAAGAUAG